UUCACUUGCAUCAAGGAGAGUGAGGAGGAACGUUCAAGGAAAGAUUGACAAAGACAAUGUCACACACUGUCUGCCUGCUGAUAUUUCUGCUAUAUCUUGGAUUUACUCUCCCGAUUGUGAAGGGAGUGUUUAUGGACAAACUUGCCAGUAAGAAGAAGUGUGCUGAUGAGGAGUGUUUGUACGCCAUUUCUCUGGCAAGAGCAGAAGAUGAUUACAAUGCACCAGACUGCAGAUUCAUUAAUAUUAAAAGGGGGCAAUUGAUCUAUGUUUAUUCAAAGUUGGUGAAAGAAAGAGGAUCUGGAGAAUUCUGGGCUGGAAGUGUUUAUGGUGAACAAUACGAGGACCAGAUGGGCACUGUUGGUUAUUUCCCCGGGAGUUUAGUCACAGAACAGCAUGUCUUUCAGGAAGCAAACAACACAAUUUCCACAAAGGACAUUGAUUUCUUCUGUGAAUAGAAGCCUGUAAUGUGAACCCCAACCAAGUUGCUAUUGAAAGACUGACAGAACAGAAGUCCAGAAAAGCUGAACAAAAGACAAAUAUGUUCUUGUUUAUUGUAGAUUACUGAGAAAUAUAGAAAGUAUUACUUUACUAAAGAACUUAUUUAAUUAAAGGAAGGAAAACAAUGAACUAAGAAUAGUCCUAUGUAAUUUUUAUUUACUUUUCUGCAUUUGAUACUAAUCAUCGUCAGACAUGCUGUUGCCUUUUAAACUACUACACUUUGCUUCAGUGUAAUAAAGUGGUGUUAUUUUAGAUAGGACGCUACACGCUUUGUGUUGUUAAUCUGUGCAUUGACCAUCUUUCUGAGCAAUCCUCUGGGAAAAGAAAAGGUUUGUUUUGUCUCGUGUCAUGUGCAGUUCCCACCGACCAACUGCCUAUAUCUGUAUUUUAUCCCUGUUCGCUUCCUCCAUGUCUAGAAAUGUAUGAAGAAUAAUUUGCUGAGGCGGUUUUGGCGUUUUACUUUUGGAGAGUAUAUGCAAUUGUUCGGUAGGUUUGUGCUGACCUCCAGUGGCUGUAUUGUGCUCUAGGUUUUAGAAUGAAAUUAACAUUAUAUUCUACUGCAGUACUCUCAACCUGACAUUUAAAACAAAAAUAAAAAAAGCAAAGAGCUACCAGUUUAGGUAUAAGAGGAGGCAUUUUGAGGGAGAAUUUCUGUGUAUAUUUGUAUCCCAGUUCCAAAGGUAGCUGUAUGGGUUACUCUCCAGCAGCUAUCCCAGCAGAUAGCUUGGCAAGCUGCUUAAUAAAUAUCAUGGGAUCUACA